CUUCGGUGAGAGAGAGAGAGAGAGAGAGAGAGAGAGAGAGAGAGAGAGAGAGAAGCGCUGGCUGAUUUAGUCUCUACGUCAGAGGGACGAUGGUGGCAGGCUGGUAAAGAUGGCCGCUCUCUCCGUGGACGGGAGAUACGGACUCAAUUGCGGCCGCAAUGCCGACAGAAUCACCGUUUUGCACGUAAAGCUCACUGAAACGGCCAUACGAGCGCUAGAAAAUUACCAAAACCGUAAGAAUGUACCGUCCUCACAGCCAACAAUACAUUUCCAAGGACUGCAAGGGCGCAUCAAGAUUCCAAAGUCUGACGUCUCGGAUGGAUCUCAUAUCUUCGAUUUCUACCUGUCCAAUGUCGGAAAGGACAAUCCUCAGGGAAGCUUUGAAUGCAUUGAGCAGCAUGUGUCCAGCUCCGGGGCCCCCCAUUUAUCCUCUCUGGGGGCAAUCCAGGACAAAAUCACGGUGUGCGCCACAAACGACUCCUACCAGGUGACCAGAGAGCGCAUGACUCAGGCCGAGGAGGACACGCGCAGGAAGGGCACCAAGGUCAUCAAACCCGGAGGGCAAUUCAGAGGUACAAAGGUGCAGAUCCGUAAGCCAGCUCCCUCAGCCCCAGACCCGGUCCCAGAGAGGAAACGGUCGACCCCCAUGAACCCAGCCAACACCAUCCGCAAGUGCCUUACCAACAACCCAGUGUCCCAGCGGCCAUACCGGGAGCGCAUCAUUCACCUGCUGGCUCUGCGCUCCUACAAGAAGCUGGAGGUCCUGGCCAGGCUGCAGAGAGACGGAGUCAGCCAAAAGGACCGCAACUCCCUGGGGAGCACCUUACAGCAGGUUGCGAAUCUGAACCCAAAGGAUAACUCUUACUCCUUGAAGGACUUCAUUUACCGCGAGGUUCAGAAAGACUGGCCCGGCUACUCAGAGGACGAGCGUGUUCAGUUGGACUGGAUUUUAGCUCGUAAACUAGGCCUGCCUGCAGAUUCACUGUCAUCCAGCAGUUCUCCAAAAGAACCAACAUCGCCACAGAAGCGCCAGCCUCAGGGUGACUUUAUCGACCCUCUGAUGUCUAAGAAACCCCGGAUCUCCCACCUCAGCAGUCGAGGAGCCCCGAGCUCGUCAGAUCGCCGCCCACCUACAGAAACCGAGGAGAAGAGACCAGCUCCUCCAGUGAACGCAGCCUGUCCGGGUCCUGGGUCCCAGCCCCCAGUGUCCCACCCCCCCUCUGGUUCCAACUCCAACUCACCCAGCACACCCGAGGGCCGCGGAACCCAGGACCUGCCCCUGGACCAGAGCUCCACAUGCGGGGAGGAGACGGAAUGCUACGCACCCCGCUCCCUCACCCCCAGCUCCAACUUUCUCCCACCCUCUGCCACAUCCCCAGCAGCCAACAGUAGCAAAAAGCCCAAAAAGAAGUCAAAGAAGCACAAAGACAAGGAGCGGGAAAGGAGAGGGGAGGGCGAGAUCGUUCGGCACAGGGAGGGCCAGGCUGAGAAGGAAGAAAGGCCGAAAAAAAGACACCGCACCGAGGCAGAAACACACACGCUAUCUAAUGUGGAAAGCCCUUCAGGUGUAGAAUUGCACAAAGACAGAACAAGCAAACCUGAGCUUACUGAACUCUCCACCCCGGUUAUUCCUGAUUACAUAGCUAAAUACACUGCGGUGGUAUCUAUGGAUCAGCGGCAGCGCUACAAGGACGACUUUAAUGCUGAGUACGACGAAUAUCGCACUCUUCACGCUCGUGUGGAGAACAUCACACGGCGUUUCACAAAGCUAGACACUCAGUGCAGACGCCUGCUACCCGGAACCAAAGAGUACCAGGAGGUGCAUGAAGAGGUGCUUCAGGAAUACAAGAAAGUCAAACAACACAACCCGAAUUACCACGAAGAGAAGCAGCGCUGCGAGUACCUGCACAACAAGCUGGCCCACAUCAAGAGGCUCAUUGCUGACUUUGACCAGCGGAGGGCGCAGUCCUGGCGUUAAAGUAGUGGGACCCCAGCAGCCAAUCAGAGCUCUUCUCAGCCUAAAGACCACAACCAAUGGCAGCCAGGGGAUCAGACAGCCUGGAGGGUUUUCUUUUUUUUUCCUUCUUCUUCUUCUCUUUCCCCUUCCCCCCCCUUCUUUAUUCCCUAUACAUCCUUUCUGAUCUUUUUGCCUGUUCCCUAUUCCCCAUUUAUUAAGUCAACAUUUCAUAAUUUUCCCCCUGCCUCUUUCUCCUUCUUUCCUCCAUGCUGUUCCUUCUGACCACUGCCUUCACUGUUUAAGAAAGGAGAGCCACUCUUCCUGCUAGUGAUGUCAAGCAUGUCCAGGAGGAUAACUCUUCUUCGAUUUUAUUUUAUUAUUAUUAUUAUUAUUAUUAUUAUUAUUUUCUUUUUUCUUUUUCUUUUUUUUGGACAGACUUUAAAAGGGGGAAAAAAGAAAGGACAAAAAAAAAAAAGAGAAUUUAAACAUUUUUCAAAGCAAAGAAAAUACUAUAUAUAUAGCUACCUGUAUUUAAAAGAGAAAAAAAAAAGGAAGAUCUAUUUAUUUUGAACGGAAGGAGAAGAUUGAUUCCACGGAUGAUAUAAGGUUUAGUUUCUUUUCUGGAUGCAAACGCAUUGCCGGGGGCCUUACAAUAUACAGUGUCUACAUGACUUCCUAAAGCCUUUUGCACAGGGGCAGCUGAGCCAGUGCGUAUUUAAAAAAAAAAUAAUAAUUAUGGGGGGAUAAAAAUUUAAAUAGAGGGUAAAUGGAGAUAGGGGAGCAUGGAGCCAGGAGCCAUAAGAUUCCCCUCGUCUCCGGACCCUGCCUUGAGCAGCAGCAGUAUUCUUGCUCACCGUGCAAAUGGUGCCUUAACGUGUUCGUUUACACAAAAGGAUGUGGAGUCCGACCGUGUUCCAGGGGCCCGGAGCAGAAGAAACGACUGUGAUCUAGUGACAAAGUUCAGACACACAUCCGUGGAAGGUGUGUGUGAUUUGCGUGCGUGUGUGUAGCGCGCUCACGUUCACGAGACAACGGAAAAUAGCGACAGCUCGUCAGUGUUUGUUUUUGAGAUGAUGUACGAGUGUGUGCAAGAGCGAUCAAGGUGUGUGUUGUGUGUGUGUGUGAGAAGAGAGAGAGGGAAGUAUUGUUUUUUCUUUAGUUUCAUGAGGGGAGGGUUGGGCUUGUGAGAGUAGGGGGUAGAAAUGUGGAUAAAAGAACAUAAAGGAGGAAAAAAAAAAUAUAUAAAAUGAAAACCAAAAAAGCUGCUAUGGCCUUUGAACCGCCUGAGCAUCGGUGAUCAACCUGGCUUAUGUUACAUGUUCUUAACUUUGAAUGAUAAGGACAGAGGAUGGCUUGUGUGUAUGCGUGCGUGCGUGUGUGUGUUCUCUCCACAGCACCAGACAAAAACAAAGAACACAGUGUUUUUUUUGUUUUUUUUUGUUGUUGUUUGUUUUUUCCUAAAAAGAAGAGCAGAACUACCAGAGCCAUACCUAUAUUACAAUUUCAAAUGUAUUCUUAAUUAUUCCAUACGUUUCAAAACAGUUAUUUAUAAGUAAUGACUAGCAUGCUGUUUUUGUUAAACUUUUUUUUUUUUUUUAAAUUCAGGAGAAAGAAUUUUUGCAAAUUUACUUUUGACAUUAAGCAAAUUAUGUUUGGUGAUCAGAUAUGAAGAGCUAGUCUUUAUUUUCAUGAAAUACAUUGGGGGGAGAAAGAUGCUUAAGGUUUAAGGGACUCUUUGUUUACAAAACCUGUGUUCAAAUAUUUUUUUGGGGGAAAAAAAAUCGAUUGUUUUGAUGAUUUGAAAUAAACUGCAUCUUAUUGAUAUAGCUUAUUUCUGUACAAUGACGCGGAACGAGUUUCCUUAAAGAAAAUACUAGCAUCACAGCUCACUUUGUUCCCUUCCUGUUUUUAUUGAAACAAUAAAGGAGGAAGAAAAUGUAGAAAC